AUGGGAAAUGGUGAAAUUGUACAAGCCAAUGGAAAAGGUACAAUUUCUAUUGCAACCAAGAAAGGUAUGAUAAUUGUUAAAGAUGUUCUCUACAUUCCAAAAUUGGAUCAAAAUGUUCUUAGUGUUGCACAAAUGCUAAGGAAUGGUUAUGGAGUCUCUUUUAAAGAGAAUUAUUGUUUUAUUAUGGAUGAACAUGGUUUAGAAAUUGCAAAAAUUGAGAUGACCAAAAACAGUUUUUAUUUGAAAUUUGAUUUGGUUGAAGAUCAUGAUUUUAUUGCUAAAAUUGAUGAGAGUAAUGUUUGGCAUGGAAGAUUUGGUCACACUUUUAUGCAUGAUGUAUUUGAUAUGACAAAUUCCAACAAAUGGUAUUCAAAGACAAGAGGAGGAGUUAGAUUGAAUGACUAUGAAGACAAUGAUAUGGGUCAAGAAAUUGAUGUGCAACAACUUGAUGACAUGGCAUUUCAAAACUCAAUUUUUGGAGUUCAUGAAACUAAAAUUUGUGAUAUUCAUGGCAAAUCUCAAGGAGGAGUGUUGUCAUUUGGGGAGCUUCAUUUACCUAUUAAUGAUGCCUGCUUUGUGCUCUCAAUGGAUUAUGGGGUCCAAGAGUUCAGAGAGCUAAAAUUUAGAGGACUUGACCCUGCUCUUGGUAAUUGA